AUGCUUUUGGGUGCUCGAACAGCACAAUGCUCACUCAGAGUGGGAUCUGCACUCCGUGGUCAGCGUAUUGCUAGAUGGAUUUCAACAGGAGACAAAGCAGAGGAUGGAAGCAGUGAUAGUGGAGUUCUUCCGCCAAUCCAGGCUGAAAAUGCUUCUGCAGAGCCUCACGAUGAACUGUCUCUUUUACGUCAACGAGAAUACAACGAUCAGGUAAAAAAGCUUUUGAAAUCAUUCUCAAAAACUACGAUCGAGGAGAUCCCUGGCUUCAAAGAUUCGCUUUCGAAAGAAUUAGUUGGUAGAGAAAAGCAGCUUGACGAAGAGUUGACUUCAUUCCUCAAACAAUUCUCGGUAUACAAUAAGGUAAUCGAGCCCAAACAUGAGCUCGAUGCCACUCAUAAACUGUCAAGUCAGUCCCGCACCAAGUCGUUUCCCUUUUUGGUACCUUCUGCAAAGGACAAGCCGUACUCUAAACAAGAACUUUUUCUGCGUCAGAUGAAGCACGCUGAAAGAACUGCUAAGUUAGGAGCCUCGCUAGACGACGUUUAUUUUCCACAUCGCGAUAUUUUUACUCCUCCCACUUCCGAUCAGCUUUCGAUUAACAAGCUCCUAUCAGCUGGAGUACACCUGGGUCAAUCUACGUCUCUGUGGAGAUCAAGCACACAACCGUUCAUUUAUGGUGAGUACAAAGGUAUACACAUCAUUGACCUGAACAAAACGCUAUCCUACUUGAAGAGGGCGGCAGCGGUAGUCCAGGGUGUUGCCGAAAGAGGCGGUACAAUUUUAUUUCUGGGCACCAGAGAGGGUCAAAAAAGAGCGCUUCAAGAGGCGGCAAGAAGAACUCAUGGAUUUUACGUAUCUACCAGAUGGAUUCCAGGUACACUAACAAACCCUACCGAAAUCUCCAGUGUAUGGGAAAGGCAUGAAGUAGACUUUGCGGAUCAGCCUACUAACAGACCAUUGAAUGCGGAUGAAGAAGCCGGGAUUGUGAAACCCGAUUUGUUGAUCAUUUUGAAUCCAACUGAGAACCGAAACGCUCUGAAUGAGGCCAUGCAAGCCAGAAUACCGACAAUUGGAAUCAUUGACACGGAUUCGGAACCAUCACUAGUAACAUAUCCAAUCCCAGGUAAUGAUGACUCAUUACGGUCAGUCAACUUGAUUUUGAGCGUUUUGGCCAAGGCGGGUCAGAUAGGGUUGCAAUCACGACUCGCUAAGGUGGCUUCUCAGUAG